UUAGCGCAGAUUGGUUCCGUGUGGAAUGUCUUCUCGUCAUCGUGCAAGUUGGUAGCUUUUUUCCUUGCAUAUUCCUGGUCCCGUUUUCGGCGUUACGGACUUAUUUCGCGCACGAAAGCAGCUUCGAACGAAGGAACAAUUUCCGGUGCACCGUUUGGGGCAACGAAGGGUGCCUGCCGCGGGUUCGCAAGUGUCGAUUUUUGUGGUUAAAGUUGCGCGACAAAGGGAGGAAAAAUUUUGCAAAACGCGAUUAUGUGAUUGCCACCCGUCGGUGGGUGUGUAUGUGUGAGUGUGUGAGCGCGUUUGUCGCGCGCCUACUACGGUCGUGUUUGUGAGAACAGCAGCUCGGAUUUUCCUUUACAUUUCGGAAAAAUUGUGGAAAAGUUACAGUGCAGUGUGGCCACAACACGCGACAUCAUUUCCCGAGCCCGGUGACCGGAGCAGCAGCAGCUGGUGCGUGUUGACAGCCGCUGGAAGCUAACAGACUAUCGAACCGGAAGGGACCGAGGUCCGGGUCAACAGGAAGGACAUAGAUUUUUUGGCCCAAGUGACAUACGAGGAGAAGUAGCAGCACGACGACGACGACGAAGAAGAAGAAGAAGCACAAGCAGCCCAUCCAAGUGUGCGUUGCGCCUGUCGGUGUGUGUACGCGCGGCCUCGAAGUGAAAAAUAAUGAGUCGCCAUGAAGGUGUCAGCUGUGAUUCCUGUCUAAAAAGCAACUUUCGCGGUCGACGGUACAAAUGUUUGAUCUGCUACGAUUACGAUCUCUGCGCCAUUUGUUAUGAAGAGGGAGCCACCAGCACGCGACACUCGGCAGACCACCCAAUGCAGUGCAUUCUAACGAGGUCCGAUUUCGAGUUGUACUAUGGCGGCGAAGUGCUAACGCCGGACCAGCCACAGUCGUUCACCUGUCCGUACUGCAAACGGAUGGGACUCAGCGAUUCGGCCCUGCUCGAACAUGUCAGUUCCGAACACACGGACACCGGCCUCGAGGUCGUCUGCCCCGUGUGUGCGGCCCUCCCCGGAGGUGAUCCCAACCUGGUGACGGACGAUUUUGCUGGCCAUUUGAGUCUGGAGCAUCGGAGCGGCUCGCGAGAUCUUAUCUCAUUCCUGGACGAACCAUCAGCGAUUCGGCAUGGCGGUGUUCGGCGGAUGCCACACUCGGGCCGCGCCCUUGGGGGACCCCGCUCGAGGCGUUCCAAUAUGCACUUUAGCUCGUCGGGAGGUGGCCUAUCGGCGCUGUCCCCCUCCGGUCGGGAAUCGGUGGAUCCCAUCGCAGAGUUGCUGCAGCAGCUGUCCAGCGUACGCCGCGGCGGAGCUCCACAACCCUCGCAGCUCCAGCAGCUGCAAAUGCAGAUCCAGCUCGAACGGCAGCAAGUAACUGCCGCUCGCCAGCAGUUGGAGCGAUUACCACGACGUCAGCAGCAACCGGUAGUGUCCUCGGCGACGAAUGCAACCGGUGGCGGCAGCAACGCGUCCGCAUCCGGCGGAAGCGCCUCCACCUCGCAACAGUCCAGUUCGAUUAUCACACUCAAUGCCGGCGGCGGAGGCGGCGGCGGUUCUCGCGAUGCCCCGAUUGCGCCGUCGUCCUCGCUGCCGAUGGUUUCGUCCGGUGGUCUCGCCGCCUGCAACAUCCUGGGCGGUGUGUCGGCAUCGGCCGCGGCCGCCGCUGCCGCUGCUGCUUCGGCUGCGGCCUCCCAGCAGCAGUCGCAGUUCCUGAUGGCACGCUUCAUGGUGCCCAGUCUGGACGAUGCAGAGCUAGCACAACUAGAGCGUGAUCGUGCCGAUAGAUCACAAUUUGUUCAGUCGUUGAUGCUUUCAACCAUCGCCAAUGUCCAGGCUUUUAGUAAAAAUGCAGAGUCUAAUGUGACCGACGAGUUGAAUUUGUUGAAUUUGGGAAACAUCAACAACAGCAGCCUUAACAGGAACACGAAAAAGUGCACCGGUGACGCUGACGAGCAGCAGGAUGGUGCGGCGAACAACAACAACGGCAAGGAUGAGGGCAAUUGUGAUAAUCUGAAGCAGGUCGACAGUGAUAGUGGCGCUGCGGACGAGCUGCAAAACUUGCAUCCCCCGCAGGUGCUGUCACGGGUCAAGGGUAAGUCAUCGUCCAAGCCAGGGUCCCAGGGAGGUGGAGGAGGCGGAGGUGGUUGCAUCGAUAGACGUCCACGCCAGCAGCAGCAACAACAACAGCAGCAAGCCGCCAAUUCGGCCAAAGCACGCGAAAUGAAGCAGGCUAACUCUUCUGCCAACACGCCGUCAUCGAUGUCGUCAAAGCAUAUGCCCGAUCCUAGGUAGUGUUGCGUAACGAAAAUUGUUUAAAAGUUAAAGAGAAGAAGGCAAAAAAAACAGGAGUUAAAAUACACAAGAUUACACUAUCAUCAAAAACCUAUCUGUAUGAAUAUAGUUCGUGCAGUAACGGCGCGGAGUGGGCAACUGUGAGUGACUGGAGAAAGAAAAUUUGCGAACGGGGUAAAACUUUAAAUAAAUUAUUAAAAUAGAAGCAAAAUGUAAUUGCAAACAUAUAUGUAACAUCUUAGGCAUUAUUAUUACUGGAACGAAACACUAAACAAAAAAAAACAACCACAAAAUAUUCAAAAACCCAUUGAUAAGGAAGCCCUAGUGCAAGCAAGAAACAAACCAUUUAAAUGAAGAUAACAAAGAGUCAUCUGUACGUUCUAAACUCUACUUACUCAAAGCAAGGUCCGAGUGUCAAAAAUCCCUAUUCGUCGUCGGAAACUCGCUGCGAUUGGACAAAACUGCACAUAUUAAACAACCGAAUCAGACGCGACUACGCGAUAGCCAAGCACCGCUGUUCGGUAAACGCAAUGUGAUUAGUGGUUUAUUUUUCUCUACAAAUUCAACUGCAGCAGCAACAACAACAACAGAGUUGUGACAAAGCGAACGCGCUUGUCCACAAGCACGAGAGUUAUUUUUCUUUUUGUCCACAGUAUGUCCCAUAUUUGCUGUAGCUUGUGAGAAACAGUGACACCGAGGUUGCCAACGAUGAUAAUAUGGUUAUUUUGGCACUCACAUGAGAAACUUCUCACAAUCGUGACUGACUAAAUGGGUGAAGAACCUUUGAGUGCACUGUGGGAUUCUUUACUCACGUGAGUGUCGGAUUAAUUCAUCAAUGCGAUAAUUUCAUCGAAAAAACAACCUAAACACGAUUGUUUCCAGAAAAAAAAAACAACUGUGUAGGACAUCAGCCACACGUCAGCUAUCUUCCUCCUCGUUUCGAUUGAAAAAAAAGAAAAAAAAUACACAACUUUGACCGAAGCAAGUCAUUGGAGUAGCGAUUACAAAUAGAUAUUAAUUUUUAAUAAUUCAAUACAAAAAACAAAUAUGAGUAGAAUGGAAGAGAGAAAAAAAACUAACAUACGCGUCACACAGCGAAACAAAAGAGAGAGUACAUACAUGAAAUAAUCAAUUGAAGAAAAUUCAACAGAAAAAAAACUAAAAUCGUCACGCCAGAAAAAAAAAACACUUUGUGAAAAAAUUCAAACGUUUGUUUCACUUUAAAAUUUGUACAUUUUGUUGUCAAUUCGAGCGGCACACACACACACACAUUUACGCUUAGAGGUAUGAUUAAAAGUGAAGAAAUGCAAAUAACCGUUCGUCCCGAAAUAUACACUCACACACAUUGAAAACGAAGUAGUUUCCGUUUGAGUUGCUUCAUACGUUUCCCGUUCCUUAUAAUUUCGACAAAAAAAAAA